AUGAGAGCGUGUCAAUUCCCGGGGCUGAGUCUACAGACGACUAGCCCCUUGCUACACGCGUCUCGCUCUACUUUUGUUUCUACCACGUCGAGGAUAUUGCUGAAGAGUCACCAAACACGCAUUCUCGUGACUUGUCGCCCUAGACACAACUGGUCGUUGCUCAAUCACCGUAUACCGACCCGACCAUCCCCGUCCCCAUCAGCUGGUGUCGGCACGAGUACCAACAUCACCACCAACAUGGAACAGGCUCGAGGUCAUUUCGGUCACUCACAUCAUGGCCACCACCACCAUCAUGAUACGACAUAUCUGACAAGCACCGACAAGAAUGAUGCUGGAGUGCGUAUCACGCGAGUCGGACUCUUUGUCAACCUUGGCAUGGCCAUUGCUAAGGGCGUUGGUGGCUAUGUCUUCAACUCCAAAGCACUGUCUGCCGACGCCAUCCACUCCCUUACAGAUCUCAUCUCCGAUUUCACCACCCUCGCAACCGUCUCGUACUCAUUACGAUCCCCUACAAGCAGAUUUCCUACCGGCUACGGCAAGAUUGAGUCUCUAGGUGCACUUGGAGUAUCAGGAAUCCUGCUUUCAGGAGGAAUAAUGAUUGGUCUACAAGCAGUUAUGGCUCUCACACAACAAUUCUUCCCGGAUAUCGCUCAUAUACUCUCUCACCUUGGCAUCUUUGGCCACGGUCACAGCCACAGCCACAGCCAUGGAGUCGAAGGCUUAGGUGUCAAUAUCAAUGCCGCAUGGCUAGCAGCCGGCAGUAUCAUAAUCAAAGAGUGGUUAUACCGAGCGACCAUGAAGAUUGCGACAGAGAAACGCAGCAGUGUUUUGGCGAGCAAUGCGUAUCACCAUCGCGUCGACAGUUUGACUGCUGUUGUUGCUUUGGCCACUAUUACUGCCAGUCACUUCCUGACCAACGCCGCCUGGCUCGAUCCCGUAGGCGGUCUGAUCAUCUCCGGCAUGAUCGUCCAAGCCGGCUACGGAAACACCAAAGCCGCACUGCUGGAAUUGGCAGACGUAUCCAUCGAAGACGACAUGAAGCACAAGAUCGAAAGCGCCGCAUCACAAGCCCUGGGAGAUCUGAAACUGCCUACCGAGUCCGCACCUCAAGUCCAGGGCAUCAAGAGUGGCCAGAACUACUUGAUCGAGAUUGCCGUUCGUGUGCCAUCAACCUGGACACUGGACCAAAUGACCCAAGCCGAAAACAGCAUUCGUGAAAAAGUGGCUUCGGCAGCUCAGGGCAUCAAGCGUGUUUCCAUCCGCUUCACCAGCUCUGACAACACUGCCGAUGCUUUCGCAAACGAAUUCGUUGCUGCUAAGGAUCAGAAACAUGUCCACGAGCACGAACACGAACAUGAACAUAGCCAUGAUGACGGACACAGCCACAGCCAUGAAUCUGCACAAGAAGCCUCCAAGACAGGACUGAACAAGAGAAAGUGA